GCGCCCUCUUCUGGUCCACUCAUGUCCUGCACCGGAAGCCGCUUUCGCACAACUAUACUUUCAAAGAUGGCGGCGCUUGUUGCACAUCGACUGUCCUCGUUAGGCUGCUUCUCAACAAGGUCUAUUUCGUAUUUCGCCCUCCAUCAUCAGAAGUGUCUGCACCACAGCGCUAAAAAUGAGACCGCCACUCACAGUAUUGUCGCGGUGAGGGAGAAGAGCACCGCGCUGGCUGCUGCCAAGCCCACAGCCGUCGCCAGCAGCAAGGGGGAGUACGUCAUCACCAAGCUGGAUGAUCUGGUCAACUGGGCGCGCAGGAGCUCCUUGUGGCCUAUGACCUUCGGCCUGGCGUGCUGCGCCGUGGAGAUGAUGCACAUGGCGGCGCCGCGCUACGACAUGGACCGCUUCGGGGUGGUGUUCCGUGCCAGCCCCCGUCAGUCCGACGUCAUGAUCGUCGCCGGGACCCUCACCAACAAGAUGGCCCCCGCGCUACGGAAGGUGUACGACCAGAUGCCCGAGCCCAGAUACGUCAUCUCCAUGGGAAGCUGCGCCAACGGAGGUGGAUACUACCACUACUCCUACGCCGUGGUCCGAGGGUGUGAUCGCAUCGUACCGGUCGACAUCUACGUCCCAGGGUGUCCCCCCACAGCUGAGGCCCUACUCUACGGGACUCUGCAGCUGCAGAAGAAGAUCAAGAGGGAGAAGAGGAUGAGGAUCUGGUAUAGGAAGUGAGCGGGAGGCCGUGUGGCCGUGUGUACAUGUUUCUUUCUGGGAGGUCUGCCAGGCUCCCAGGCUGUCCUGGGGGGCUCCUCAUCCAUAUAGAGAUUCACUAAUUAACUUUAAUAAAGUCGUGCUUGUCAGUUACUUAA